AUAGUACCAGUGCAUGUGCAUGUGUAUGUGUUCAGUCCGGAGGCGAUCGGUCUUGUUCAAUAUAAAAUUAAAUAGAAUUUCUUAUUAUGAAAUUCAUUUACUGGCGCACUUGUAAGAAAUCUUUCAAUUAGCAAAGGUAUAAGCGUGCGAGCUUUGGCGUCCUUAAAACUCGAUCCUGAAGAUCGCCCAUCGUCUCACAGUCCGCCUAUGAGCUUGAACAACAAUAAUUCAAAUUCAGGAAUGAAUACUACACCUUCAUACCCUUGCGGGCCUUACCCCGGAGUCCCAUCGCCACCGAUGUCUCUGCUGACUCCUGGUCAACUCUUAGCUGCGAACCAUACGGCUGCAGCCCUAAUGGCAGCAGGUCUGCCGGUGAGCAGCUUAUUUGCUCAUCACACAUUAUUCGGAGGGUGGCCUACUGCCCAUAAUACAUCGCCACCACCACAGCCACAGACACCAAUCAAAUCAGGAAAGAAGAAUAUGCUGAAUCUCAAUAAUAAUAAUAACAACAAUGAUAACAAUAACGAGUAUGUGAGGCUAGAUAAGAAGACUUUAAAACGCAAAGCGCAACCACGAACAGUUUUGGCAGAAACACCUCCUUUAUCUCCACCUACCUCUGGAUCAUCACCUGAUACAGCGCCAACUUUGACAAAGGAUCCGUCUCGUGAUAAAACUUUCACAUGUAAGGUUUGCUCACGAUCUUUCGGCUAUAAACACGUGCUUCAAAAUCAUGAACGAACACAUACAGGUGAGAAACCGUUUUCUUGCACAGAAUGCGGGAAGAGAUUCACCAGAGACCAUCAUUUGAAGACGCAUAUGCGUCUUCAUACGGGUGAGAAGCCAUACCAUUGUUCAUACUGCGAAAGACAAUUCGUUCAAGUGGCUAAUUUACGAAGACACAUCUUAGUGCAUACCAAAGAACGCCCUUAUGGCUGUGAAUUAUGCCAAGCGAAGUUUGCGGAUUCCAACCAACUGAAAGCGCAUGCUUUGACCCAUGCGGCUGAAGUUGCUGAUAGACCGUUAAAAGGCGCAAGAAAAUCUGUUGAUGUCAGAAGAGUUGUUCGACCACCACCAAUCACGAAACCUUUGGCUCCUUUACUAGUAACGGCAUGUUCGGAACCAGAACAAACAGAACCAGAAGAUUUAUCAGUGGGUGCAAGGAACCACUCCCUGAGCAGCGCUCCUGACUCCAGCCUAUCUCCCGUCAGUAUGAGUGACCCCGAAGACCUGGACGACGCCGCCGCUUUGUAUCUCCAGCAGCGCCAAGCUAAGCUCAGGCGACACAUGGAACACCGCUGAGUUGUAAGGUUAAUUAUUUAAGAACAAAGAAUAAAUGUAUAUGAAUGUAUAGAUAUAAUUAUAUGUAUAGAUAUGAAAAA